GACAUGGCAACUCCUAGUGCUGCCUUCAAGGCCCUCAUGAACGGGGUGACAAGCUGGCAUGUCCCUGAAGAUGCGGUCCCCUGCGAACUGCUUCUGGUUGGAGACUCUGCCUUCCCAGUGAUGGUCAACGACAAGGGCCAGGUCCUCAUCGCUGCCUCUUCCUAUGGCCAUGGCCGCCUGGUGGUGGUGGCCCACGAGGGCUACCUGACGGAUGCUGGGUUUGCUGCAUUCCUUGUCAACGCCGUGCACUGGCUCUGCCUCACCCCUGGGACUCCUGUUGGUGUGCAUCCGUCCCUGGGGCCCCUACUCAGCAUCCUUCAGGAAUCUGGGCUCCACGCCCAGGUUGAGGAGCAACCAAGAGAGCCCUUGGGGGCUUACUGCAUCAGUGCCUACCACGGCACCAUGGCGGAGCAGCUGGUCCAGUUUGUGAAGCGUGGAGGGGGCCUGCUCAUCGGGGGCCAAGCCUGGCACUGGGCCAGCCAGCAUGGCCGUGACAAGGUGCUGUCUGAGUUCCCUGGGAACCAGGUGACCAGUGUGGCCGGAGUGUACUUCACUGACACCUAUGGGGACAAACAGUGGUUCAAAGUGUCGAGGCGGGUGCCCAAGAUCCCGCUUCAGGUCAGAUGCGGGGAACACGUCAGCAGGGAUCAACAGCAGCUCCUCAAAGGGGUCUCGGAACUGGACAUCCAGACCGGGGGGAUCCCCUCCCAGCUGCUGGUGCAUGGAGCCCUGGCCUUUCCUCUGGGGCUGGACGCCAACCUCGGCUGCUUCCUGGCCGCUGCCCGCUAUGGCCGUGGCCGCGUGGUGCUGGCUUCUCACGAGGCCUUGCUGUGUGCGCCCCAGUUGAAGCCCUUCUUACUCAAUGCUGUGCGCUGGCUGGCCAGGGACCAACCGGGCAAAGUUGGAGUGAACACAAGUCUGAAGAAACUUUGUCCCCUGCUGUCUGUGCACGAACUGACCUGCAGUUUGGAGCCUCAGUUGACCAAUGGCCUGCGUGUCUACUGCUGUACAGCCUACAGUGCCAAGGAGGCCCGAGAACUCCAGGAAUUUGUGGCCGAGGGUGGCGGGCUGCUGAUUGGGGGCCAUGCCUGGUGGUGGGCCUCCCAGAACCCAGGCCGCUCCCCUCUGGCCAGCUUCCCUGGGAACCGCAUUGUCAACCCCUUCGGUCUCAGCAUCCUGGCCCAGACCCUCAGUGCUGGCCGUUUUCCUGUGCCCACGCCCAAGAUGUUGAACUACCACUUCCGCAGGGCCCUGGCCACCUUUCAGGAGGACUUGAGCAUGGAGAAGAGCUGGCUGGCCAGACUGGGGGUGGACGGGGCAGCCUUCCUGCAGAUCCCUGCCGAGGACAUCCCUGCUUACACCUCUCUACACAGAUUGCUGAGGAAGACCCUUCAGCAGGCGGGGCUCCCUGCUGUGAGCCGGGACAACCCUGUGGCCAGUGGCUCCCGAGAGGCCACUGUGCUGUGUCUGGCCACGGAGCUGGCCCACUCGGGCACCGACUGCUCCCAGUUGGCGCAGGGGCUGAGUGUUUACACUUGCCUCUCCAGCCUGGACUCCUUUGAUUGCCCCAUCACAGUGCAGAUCGACGGGACCAACCCAGGCAGCAGUGACAUCUGGGUGAGCACGGGGCUCUACCUCCCGGAGGGAAUGAACUUGGAAGUUUCUCUGUCAGAAGCCGUGGUCUCUGAUGGCCUGAAGGUGCAGGUAGGCUGCCACACCGAUGACCUGAGCCAUGCCAGCAAGCUGUGCCGAGCCCCCAUGGUGACCCACCUGUGCCAUGCGGACCGGACUGAGCUCUCAGUGCCCUGCCUGUGGGGUGGCCUGAUCUACGUCAUUGUGCCCAAGGGCAGCUCUCUGGGCCCAGUGCCCAUCACCUUCAGGAAAGCUGUGCCAGCCCCCUAUUACAGAUUGGGUCAAACAUCACAGGAGGAGUGGAGGAGGUGCAUCCAGCAAAGUCCGGCUCCCUGGGGGGAGCUGGUGACAAGCAACAUCAUCCUGACCGUGCCCACCAAGAGCCUCCACUGCCUGGAGGACCCCAAGCCUGUGCUGCACCUCUGGGAUGAGAUGAUGGCCGCUGUGGCCAGGCUGGGAGCCCAGCCCUUCCCCUUCCACCGCCCUGAGAGGAUUGUUGCUGACGUGCAAAUCUCAGCAGGUUGGAUGCACUCUGGGUACCCCAUCAUGUGCCACGUGGAGUCGGCACAUGAGCUCACCAGUGAGGCAAGCAUGAGGAGCAAUGGUCUGUGGGGACCCAUCCACGAGCUGGGCCACAACCAGCAGAGGCAUGGCUGGGAGUUUCCCCCACACACCACUGAGGCCACCUGCAACCUGUGGUCAGUCUAUGUCCACGAGACAGUCCUGGGCAUCCCCAGGGCUCAGGCCCACCCUGAGCUGAAGCCUCCAGAACGGGAGAAGAGGAUCAAGACACACCUGAGAAAGGGAGCCCCUCUGAGUGACUGGAGUGUAUGGACAGCCCUGGAGACAUACCUUCAGCUCCAGGAAGCCUUCGGAUGGGAGCCCUUCAUCCAGCUCUUUGCUGAGUACCAGACUCUCUCUGCUGUGCCCAGUGACAACACAGGCAAGAUGAACCUGUGGGUGAAGAAAUUCUCUAGUAAAGUGCAGAAGAACCUGGUGCCUUUCUUCAGGGCCUGGGGCUGGCCUGUGCAGGAGGAGGUGGCUGCGAGCUUGGCCUGCUUGCCUGAGUGGCAGGAAAACCCCAUGAGAAUGAGCCUCCUUUCUCAGAACUGA